UAAAAUGCCCUACAAUUUGUCAAAUUUUCAAAAUAUGAAGUGAUCUUUUGUGAUUUUUAUGUUGAUUGUGUAAUAUAUUUGCUAUUAUAAUUGUUUUACUUUAUAAACCAAUCAACUGGAGUUGUCUUUCUUUAAAUAAACUGUAAACCGAUUUAGAAAAUGAAUUAUUAGACAGAAGGAGGUAACCCAAACCGUGUAUUGGUUAUUAUGGUAUAUUAACACUGUUAUUAAGCAAAGAAAGAGUUGUAACUAUGUCUAGAAUAUUAAAUCAUCGAAUGAGAUCUAGUCUAAGAAGACCCUCUUGGUCAUGUGUCGACAAACGAGCUGUCGCUUUCUCUGUAUGGACUGGACGUAGUGUUCUUUUACAUAAGCCACUAGAGAGUUACCAGAUACCAAGACGAAGAUAUGGCAUGCUCAUUGCCCGAGCAGUUCGAGGGGUGUUAAAAAUCAGAUAUUUAUUACUUGGAGGCGCUGUUGGAGGAGGAAUGACUUUAAACAAGAAAUAUGUUGAAUGGAAAGAUGGACUCCCAGAAAUGGGAUGGUUGAAUGAUUUAUUGCCAGAUAAUGAACAAUGGGAUAAAUUCACCACAACACUCCUAGAUGCUAAAGAAAAAAUUGGGGAUCAGUUUCAAAUUGUAGGUGUGCCACUGACGCUGUCGAUACACUCAGAUCCGAGAUUGCGAGAGGCUGGUGUAGCCCGGGCUGCAGAACUCAGGGAGUGGCUGGCACAAAGAUAUGAAGAUGCAGUGGCUGCUGCUGCUGUUAAUAAUGCUACCAGCAGAAUCGAACCAGCCCCUAAAAUAGUAAACAAUUUACAAAGUCGACCAGCACCAAUGUCAGCUAAAUCAAACACCGACGAAACUGCUGCUUAUGAGCGCCGCGUACACGCUUUGCAAGAGGAAGUACUAUCACUACAGGCACGUUAUCAGCGCGAGUUACAAAGACUGGAGCAAGAAAAUAGAGAACUCAGACAACAAAAUAUGUUGUUGAGGCAAGGCAGACAACCAUCAACUAAAAAGAUGAAACGUUCCCUGAUUGAUAUGUACUCAUCUGUCUUGGAUGAGUUGGCGGACUGGGAUUCUGGUGAAGCAGGCAGGUUGCCCAGAGUAGUUGUGGUAGGUGAUCAGUCUGCUGGCAAAACUUCAGUUCUGGAGAUGCUGGCUCAGGCCAGGAUUUUUCCAAGGGGAGCUGGAGAAAUGUGUACCAGGGCACCGGUAAAAGUAACAUUGUCGGAAGGACCUUACCACGUGGCACAGUUCAACGAUUCGUCUCGCGAAUUUGAUCUCAAUAAGGAAGCCGAUCUUGCUGAUCUACGAAAAGAAGUUGAUUUGCGUAUGCGCAAUAGCGUUCGUGGUGGUCGUACAGUGUCCAGCCAACAGAUCGCCAUGUCUGUCAAGGGACCUGGUAUACCUCGUAUGGUGUUGGUUGAUUUGCCCGGAGUUAUAUCUACCCAAACCGUGGAUAUGGCAUCUGACACCCGAGAGGCGAUCAAGGAAAUGACGAAGCAGUACAUGGACAAUCCUAAUGCUAUUAUACUCUGUAUACAGGAUGGCUCAGUCGACGCCGAACGAAGCAAUGUAACCGACUUAGUAUCAUCUUGUGAUCCGUCUGGCAAGAGGACUAUCUUUGUUCUCACGAAGGUUGACCUUGCUGAAGAGAAUUUGGCUAACCCCAAUAGAAUUCGACGUAUUUUGGAAGGCAAAUUGUUCCCAAUGAAGGCACUCGGAUACUACGCGGUGGUGACUGGCCGAAGCAGGAAGGAUGACUCCAUACAAAGCAUCCGAGAAUACGAAGAGAGAUUCUUCAGAUCUUCUAAAUUAUUUAAAGAUGGAAUGGUAGCGGCCGGUCAAGUGACUACCCGCAAUUUGGCGUUGGGCGUGGCCGAGUGCUUCUGGAGGAUGGUGAGAGACUCUGUGGAACAGCAGGCCGAUGCGUUUAAAGCGAUGCGGUUUAAUCUUGAGAGCGAGUGGAAGAAUACGUUCCCACGCCAACGUGAACUGGAUCGUGAUGAGUUGUUCGAACGUGCGCGUGCAGAAUUGCUAGACAAGUCUGCAGAACUGUCGGGUGUUCCAGCCGCAGCCUGGGAAGCCCGGCUCCAAAAUGCCUUGUGGGCCGCUGCCGCACAGAGAAUAUUUUCUGGCAUAUAUCUACCCGCAGCUGCGCAUGCUAGCGAAGAUGUUGAUAUGCAUGUACUACUUCAAGUCAAAUACAAGCAUCCGAAAAGCGGUGAUACUCCUCAAAUAUGGCUUGACCCCUUUGAUAUUGAUUUUAAUAAAUUCAAUACAUCAGUGGAUAUUAAACUUCGGGAAUGGGCGGAAAAUGAACUGGCAACCCUCUCCAUAAAAGCUGGACGUCAGGCGUUACGUGAGGAGUUCAGUGAACUUAUGUCCAAAUCUUCUGAUUCUGACGCUAUCUAUGAACCAGUGAAGAAGGCUGCUGUUGAUGAAGCCUUAUCCAGACAUCAGUGGGAAGAAAGGGCUCAGGACGUCCUACGUGUACUGCAAGUAAAUGCGCUUCAAGAUAGGUGCGUGGCUUCGCGUGGUGAUUGGGACUCGGCCGUAUCUCUCAUGGAAGACGCGCUCAAGGAGCGACUUAAGACCACCGAAGAAGACCUCAAGUCACUUGCAGGUCCUGGUUUCCGAGAGCGCUGGCUGUAUUGGCAAUCGAGUAGCGAAGAACAGAACAGACGUAGUGAAGUGAAAUCGGAGUUGGAGCGCCUCGGAUCCAGCAGGCCCAAUCUCUCGUACGAUGAGGUGGUGGCUGUCAGGGAUAAUUUGAGGCGGCGAGGCGUUGACGCUGAUAACGAGUAUAUACGUGAGACAUGGAAACCUAUUUAUUUAAAACAAUUCCUACAACGUGCCUUAUCACGAGCGAGGGACUGUCGCAAGAGUUUCUAUCUGUACACGCAACAGAAUGGCACUGGGAAGGAAUGCUGUGAAGUGGUGAUGUUCUGGCGGGUCCAAAGCGCACUGAGGACUACGGCGAAUGCUUUAAGGCAACAAAUUGGGAAUCGGGAGGCUGGUCGACUGGACCGGGAACUGAGGGAGGUUCUGGACGAGAUGUCCUCUGAUGCCGAUAUGAAGAAAAAACUACUCUCUGGUAGACGAGUUGAACUCGCUGAAGAAUUGAAACGUGUGCGGCAAGUUCAAGAGAAACUGGAGGAAUUUAUUGAGGCGUUAAACAAAGAGAAAUAAGCGUAGAUAGAUAUUAAUAUAUUUGAAACUGCAUUUCAUUGACUUCGAAACUAUUAAACUUGUAAAUAGGUCAUGAAUUUGCGUAUAAAUUAAAUAAUACGCAAGCUGAGAUCUUACAGGAAUCGUUGGCUGCAGAACAGUUACGGAAUUUUUUAAUAACAAUAUACAUAGUUUUAAUCCAAAAUAACAGCUUACUACAAAUGAAUUUCUAUGUUUACAUUAGAUCUUAUGAAAUAUAUAAUUAGAAUAUUUUCUGUGAUCACGUUUUUCCUAUAAUUACCUAGUCAUUUUCCAGACUAAUUUUUAAUUUAUGAAAUAGUUUUAAAAGGUUCAGAACCUUGCGGCACGUUUUCUAGUAUCGCAGUGUAUAAACAGGAAGUCAUAGGUUCGAUUUCCGACGAAACAAAAUUGUCGUCUCAUGUUUGGAAACUUAUGAGCCGCUUCCAUCACGGUUUAUUGGUAAUUUAUUUAAUCAGCAAUGAAAUGCAGGCUAUUUCAAGUCGACUUAAUUAUAUUUUAUAAAUAAAUCUUAUCUAGUGCCUGAUAGUGCACCUGAGGCUGUGACGUCACUAUUAAUCUUAUAUAACAUUUCAUAUUCAAAUUAAUAAAAUUAUUCAUAGCAGAAACUACUCAUUAACUCGUACUGGAGCCAUAAAAGUGUUACAAGAAGGUCAUCACCCAAUAACACUAACCCCUGUUGAAUGUAUCUUUAUGAUCGGCUUCUCUCGUGUUAUUUACGCUAAUUCUUAAAUAUUUCUCUCAUUUGAAAGUCCCUAGCGAGAAUAGCCAUUUUCAAAAAACGUAUUUCUUUCUUAAUUAUUGUUUCUGUAUAAAGGUAAUAUAUUUGCGAGCUUAUGUUGCCGAAUUGCUAUUGCCUAACACGAGUACGAGGUUCUUAUACAACUAUUAAGUUUUUUAAACAUUUGUUAUAACUAAGUCGACUUGAAAUCUUAUCUUAGUAAAUAUUGUGUAAUUUACUAUAGAAUGUAUAUAGGUUGCAUAUGUUUGUUCGCUCGCAUGUAUCGUUACUUACGACUCCAUAAGUUAUAUUUUUAAUAAAAUGUUGCACAAAAU